GCAUAGUUCGGUUGGCCUCUCCCUCAAUAUAAACACCGCCGGGAGUUUCCGAAAAAUCACAUUCAGCUGUCAAGACUGAACAAUGGUUAACAUGAGCUAUCACCAAUUUUCACUAAAAUAUCCACAUUCGAGUUCAAGACAGUCGAGAAGGCGAGCGAAUAAAAGAAAAAGGAACUGUUGGGACAAGCUAUCUCCAACAAAUUGGCAGACUUGAUUAACAGAGACUUUCCAAAGGUCCAGUGUGAACCGUGUGGCCGAGUAUCUGUGAGUUGCGACCUACUGGCGAGAUGACUGCCGAGUGGCUACACCUGCCCCCGCCGUACCCCCCUGGCGUGGGGCCGUUGUGUGGUGCAGAGUUGGAGGCGUGGUAUGAGGACUUGCAGGAUAUUCUGGGCUCCGACGCAGGAGGGGCAAAACUAGCACGUGCCCCAACAUGCACCGAGAAGGAGCCGGAGUUUCUGGACGUUCUGGAGAGUUGUUCUCUGACCUGGCUGACGGAUGGAAGCCAGACGUGGGGUGAGGGUGUUCAGAGGGCAACAGAAGAGAUCCACAACACCCAGCCUCUGCAUCACACCUCGUCAUCCUCCUCCUCCUCUUCCUCUUCCUCCUCCUGCAUGAGUCCAGCUGUUGCAGAAGAUCGGCGGGCGGAGGCCGAUAGUGGGAGAAGUGGCGAUAGCUCGGCAGGAAGCGGCAGUGAUCUGCUGCCUCCAGAGUUCUUUGAGUUGCUGAGCGAAGGAGGUGUGGGAAUGGUGGAUCCAAGCGGAGUGGUGAUCAGCGGUAGCUAUUAUUACCACCACCAUCAACACCACCAGGCUAAUGUCCAUCCUGCGUCCCCCUCAGCCAGUGAGGAGGAACUGCCCUGUGUCCCCGAUUCUCCAUCCUGCUCCUCCUCAGCCUCCCAGUCGCCAUCUCAAAAUUGUUCUUCUCCCUCCUCACCUGUCUCUUCUCCCUCUGUCUACCCGUCCUCCCGCCUGGGAAAACGCAAGAGGACCACCAGCGAGAGGGCCAACGGUGCCUUGUCCUCCUAUGCCGCCUCCACACAGCACACAUCCCCAUCCUACUCAUCUGCCAAAAAGAGUCGCAAAGAAAGAGAGCAGGAGAACGAAAGGAAGGUACAAGAGCUGACGGAGCAGAAUGAGCGUUUGAAAGCAGAGAUCGAAAGGCUGGGAGAGGAGGUACAGAGGACACGUAGAGCCCUGAUAGAGAGACUAGUCAACACCAGGAAAUGAGGGGGAAAAAAUGUGAGCAGAGGAUGGAAGAGAGGAAUAAAAGAUGACCGGUCCUACAGAAUUGGAAUAAGGAGUGGUGGGGGAAAGGUUUACUAUGGUGGUCAUGAAAUGCCUUUUUAGACAAAGGAGGGAAACCAAAGAUUAUAUUUUAUAAGAGGAUUUUUGGAAAAGACGGAGAGCUUAAGAUGGCAAGAAGUAUGAAAGUCAAGACAAGGAUAAGCACAUAGAAAAGGGGCUGCAACAGCAUUGCGGCAAAUAAAGACACAGCAUGUAUAAAGGAAAAGGAAGAACAGACAGCUCUAAGUGCAAAUGAUACGGUGGUUCUGAUGAAUGUUUGUCAUUUUUAAAGAAUGCCUAACUAAGUGAAAUCAAAUAUGAUGGUAGAAAUAACAGGAGCAUUUGCUGAUUUGUAUGUUGGACAGAAAGGAACUUAUUUCAGAAUGUGCAUUUCAUUGUCACCCGUUCCCACCAUUUUGUAAUAAUUGUAACUCCUAUGUUAAGGGCUGCAAUCUGGCUAGCAGAGAUUAUUUGCCCCCAUUUGUGGAGAGUUUAGGAGCUCAGGAAAAGUUUGAAAGUGCCCAGUGCAGUGUGAGUAUGUGAGAAUGGGUUUUUUGGGGGGGGGGGAGAGAAUUCAUACAGUUUCUUACUUUUUUAUAACCCCAUGGCUUGUGUGUAUGUGUAUUUAUAAAGUAACUAGGACCCGGCUAUACUUUCUCAGCUUACCUUUUCUAUCAAUAUGGGGAUUUGUGGUAGAAUUACCACAAGUUCUUCCCUGAUUUACUAUUUUUAUAUAACGCUGUAAAAUAUAUUACACACACUUGUACUGUAAUGGCUUGUACUGUAAAAUGCCAACAUACUCACUGUCUCAUUGUAGUCACAAAUUGUUAAUUGUAGAAUUAUAUGCAUGCCUUUUAUCAUUGACAUCAAAUACAUGUAUUUUACCAUACCAUUUAUUUUAUCUUCACUGUAAUCCCAAAUUUGCAAUAAAAGAAUAUGUGCAAUUUCA